AUGCUAGUGCACAGCUACCCGGGCAUGGACCGCGCCGAGGGGCUGCCCGGGGCGCCGGCCGGGGCCCGCCUGCCGCAGCUGCCCGCGCUCAACCAGGCGCCCUACGGCUCGGCGCCGCCGCUCUGCCACACGCCCGCCGCCGACUUCCAGCCGCCCUACUUCCCCCCGCCGUACCCGCAGCCGCCGCUGCCCUACCCGCAGGGCCAGGAGCCCGGCUACCCGCACCUGGGGGACCCGUACGCGGCGCUCAGCCCGCUGCACCAGCACCAGCAGCCCGCCUGGCCCCCGCAGCGCGGCCGGCAGGACGACGCGGGGCUGCUCUCGCAGACCCACCGCGCCCUGGGGCUCGACCCCCGCCGCGAGUACCCCGCCGUGCCCCGCCUGCUCCACGGCCUGCCCGACGGCGGACACGGCCUCGCCGACGGCCCGCUGGGCCUCCACGGCCUCGGCCACCACGGCCUCGAGGACAUCCAGGCCGUGGACGACGGCGGGAUGAACCUGCUCGAUCAGUCCGUGAUCAAGAAAGUGCCCAUCCCCUCGAAGGCCAACGGCACCACCAUUUCCACCCUGUCAAUGAGCAAAGAUGGCCUGAUCGGAGGGGUGACGAAUCCCAACGAGGUCUUCUGCUCCGUGCCUGGCCGCCUCUCUCUUCUCAGCUCCACCUCCAAGUACAAGGUGACCGUCGGGGAGGUGCAGAGACGGCUCUCGCCCCCCGAGUGUCUCAACGCCUCUCUCCUCGGAGGAGUCCUCCGCAGAGCAAAAUCAAAAAAUGGAGGUCGGUGUUUAAGAGAAAGGUUAGAGAAAAUCGGACUAAAUCUACCUGCAGGAAGGCGCAAAGCUGCCAACGUCACCCUGCUGACAUCCCUCGUGGAAGGUGAAGCCGUUCACCUGGCUCGGGAUUUCGGGUACGUCUGUGAAACGGAGUUCCCAGCCAAGGCGGCGGCAGAGUACCUGUGCCGACAGCACUCCGACCCCACGGAGCUCCACACCAGGAAAAACAUGCUGCUGGCUACCAAGCAAAUUUGUAAAGAGUUUGCAGACUUGAUAGCCCAGGAUCGCUCGCCGCUGGGGAACAGCCGCCCCUCGCUCAUCCUAGAGCCCGGCGUCCAGAGCUGUUUGACUCACUUCAGCUUGAUAACGCACGGCUUCGGGGGCCCAGCCAUCUGCGCCGCGCUCACAGCCUUCCAGAACUACCUGGUGGAGUCCCUUAAGGGGCUGGAUAAAAUGUUCAUGAACAGCACGGGGAACGGGCACACGGCCGGAGACUCCAAAGCGUCAGAAAAAGAAGUGAAGCAUCGGAAAUAA